UCACUAUCAGCAUUUCUUAAAACUUUUCUGGAAAAAGAUUACAAGGCGUGACAGUUAUGCCCUUCAGUAACAAUACUGUUAGCAGACGAAAUGAGUGAAGAUAUUGAAAUACAACUUACUUAAAAGCUGAGAACAAGAAAACCCUCAGUGGAAAUGGAUGAUUCUGCUUUGAGAGACAGUCAGGCUGUAUCAAUAACUUACGUACGAUCUAUUGAUAAAGGGCAUUUUGCUGAAGAAAUGUUGUUCUGUAAAUCAUUAGAAAGCACCGCUACCGCCAAAGAUAUAUUAAUAAGCUAA